CUUAGCUCCCCUUACUCUUACUUAUUUCUUCAUACAUACUUGUUGAUCCGAUCCUCCACAAUCUAGGCGGUUUCCUUUGCUCAACGCACAUCUCCUAAAAUAUCCUAGAUACCUCGGACUCAUCCUAGAAAGAUGUCGACGUCGACAUCGACCACUGAAAAGGACUUUGACCCGGCGGUCUACAUCCACACGCAGCGCCGUGCAGCCUCCCUCCACGCUGCCUUCUUCCAAGGAGUCUCUCAAGCGCCGGCGAGCUACCUCUCAUUGGGUCGAGAGCUCCAUCGUCUCGCUCGAGCACUCGAACAUCUGGUCGGCGAGAUCGAGAACGCCAAUUCCAAGACGAUCCGGAUUGACAACGCACAUUCCGCGACGGAGGGGCUUGGGAUAGCGCUGGAUGGUGUGGAUGGCAGUCUUGUGGACGUCGAGAGAACACUCAUCUCGCUGCAUGUCGACCGUCACGCUACCGAAAGAUGGAUCUACUUUGCCAUAAAGACGCAGUUCCACGGCAGUGACGAGCGGCUGCGAGCCUUGCAGAAGAGAAUCGGAUAUCAUUGCUGGGCUUUUGAAAUGGUGAUGCGGACGUUGAUGGGAAGCGACUCGGAAAAGAUGAUGGCCUCAAUUCAGGCAGUGGCUGUCGCCGAACACCUCCCGAGGGUAUUGUCCGAGCAACUCCAAGGGUUUGAACGAGACGUAAUAGCUCGGAAACUCGAGAGUAACUGCGCCUAUGGAGAAACUCACCUCUUCGAGGACUUUCCAGCCGACACCAUCAUACGCAUAAUCAUGUUUUGGGCUUUCAAGGCCAUCUCGAGACUCAACUAUGUGAUGGAAGCAAAACAGCUUUGCCCAAUAGGCUACCUCAAUCUUCUCAAGGCAGCCUGGCUCUUGCAAAGAAUGCAAAGUACACCGUCCAUAUCCCCAAGAUUCAACGAGACAAGGGCUGCCGUGGCGCUAGUGUCUACCGAGCUACUAUUCACACUCAACGCUGCACUGAAGGUCGGAUGUUCUUUGGAUAGGGAAACAGUGCUACGGCAUGGCGAUUUCCGAAUCUUCCCGAAACACCUUACGGACCAAUACACAGCACCAAAGGUCUCAGGGAGGAAACAAAAGGGGCUAGAGCAAGAGAUAUUUGAUGGUUUCUCACCUACUACUGUUCCCGAUCUUCAACGGAUAGUCGCGGCGAAUGCUGCACGUAGCCACCCAAAUACGAAGCAAGGGCUGGGUACACCGACGGUGAUACUCCCAUCACUGACCCCACCACCUCCACCUCCUUAUACACCCAUUGCCGCAGCAGAAAACCAGGGGCCAAUCUGUCCUCCACCGCUGUUUCCGCCUCCGAGGAUUCCGCAGCGUAACCCGAGACGCAAGAAGAGACAGCCGAACGGCCUUCGCGUGAAUAUUCAUAAAGAUCACGACGUCUUGGGGAUGGUCACACACCCGGGUGAUCACGCGAUCGGAGGAUUGCCGACUCCUCCUUGCUCUGCCGUCUCGACCGAGGGCAUGUUGUCAAGCCAUAGGACGGCAGCACUGCUGUCGCCGGGUGUGUCGGAUAGUCAAGACAGAGCACCUAGCCCCACACCCAGUGCCAUCAUCGACGAGCUAUAUUGCGACUCUCCAACAUUAGGGCUAGAAGAUUGCUUCGAUAUUCCUGUAAAGAUAGAGCCAUGGACACCCGAACGCAGCCCCGAAAAUCCAGUGGCAGCGACAAAUGGCAUCCCAUCACCGCGAUUCGAGCAGCUAUCGCAGUCAGACGAAGUGCAAACCAUAUCCGAUCAGAGCUCUUCUUCCUCCCGAGGUUCAUCGGGGGCCGCUCCGCCAUCGUCAAACCUAGCGCCAAAUCUCAUCGUUCAGCCUACAUCACCGAAUGCCGGAGCAAUGCGCCAGGAUACGGCCUAUGAUGUGCGAACACCGUCCCUGGUCGAAUCCACUAUUAGCGAGGAAUGGAAUGCCGACGUCGCUGUAGAAUAUGGUUCUAAACCGGGAGAGAGGGAGAUUAUGCCUCAGGUUUUCGGCCCCAUGUAUGCUUAUUUCCCUUUGGCCCUGUAGCAACCGCCAUCCCAUAAACUAACCAACGCUGAAGGAGGUUGAUGGCAUCGCAAACUUUUGGAUCCUCAGCCGAAUGGGAGGACUGCAGUUUUCGUCUAUUU